AGGGAUUUUCCAAGUUUUCCAAGGUUUUCCCCAAGGCUACUAGCGAUGGAACUGUGGACUACAAUGAGUAUUUAACGUUGUUGGGAUCUUACAAUAUCAACAAUUUAGAUUCAUGUGUUUUCCGGAUUCAAUCACACUUGAAUCAUACUUGCAAUCCUAAUGUAGAUGUCGAAACCUCUCCAAAUUCAAGAUACGAGGGAAUAAAGGUUUUUGCAGCUAAAGAUAUAAAAGCAGGGGAAGAGCUUAGCACUACCUACGUGAACCCAAAUCACACAGUUCUUCAGAGACAGAGAGAGUUAAGGGCCAACUGGGGAUUUACAUGUAGCUGUAAUAAGUGCAAGGAAGACUUGAAGGCUCAACACCGUCGGCAAUCUAGCACAGCUAGUGGUGGCUCUGAGAAAAAGGCAGAUAUCAGAAAGAUGCUAAAUGAAACAAGGGAAGAACUUGACGGUGAAAGUAUAGAACUUGAAAUUCCAAAUGAUCAUAGCGGGGAAAGGAGGAAGUCUGUAAGAUUUGAUGAAAAGGUUACUGUCAGCAGUUGAGGUGGUUGGUGUUUAUAGUUUUCAAGUUCAAAAAGUUAUUUUACGACGCGAAAUUUGAUUUGGAUAUUACAAUGUACGUACGUGAGGCCAAGAAACAACUCAGAUCGAAGAUGAAGACUAUGCUUAUGGAGCUAAGCCCCGAGUCUAUCCAGUUUCAAUCUGAGAAAGUACACGAGAAGUUAUUGAAUCUUGAAAAGUUUAAGGAAUCUAAAAAAAUUGCCCUAUAUAUGUCAAUGCCUCACGAGAUCCAAACGAUAAAAAUCAUAGAGUCUUGUUUCCUAUCAAACAAGACUGUAUACCUUCCAAAGUGCAACUAUGAAGCUUCAUAUGGCAGGAAGAAGGGUCACUUGCAUAUGUUGAAGGUUAAUAGCUUCGGCGAGGUACUAAAUCUUAGACCCCAAGGCAGAUUCAAGAUAUUGGAACCGACAGAUGGUCAAGACAUCUUGCAAACGGGGGAAUUAGAUAUCAUAAUAGUGCCAGGAGUUGCCUUUGAUUUAGAAAGGAAAAGAUUGGGUCAUGGGGCCGGGUUUUACGACGAAUUUUUGAGGGCCUAUUAUAAUAAAUUUGGGAAGACACCUUUUUUGGUUGGAUUGGGCUUAAAAGAACAAGCUGUACAACAAAUUCCAACAGAAGAGCACGACUGGAAGCUAGAUUGUUUGGUUUUACCGGAGAGGAAUAUUAUAUUUAGCAUUUAGUCAGUUGAAAGUAGUUUCGUUAAUAAAUAGAAGACAUAAUUUAGUUGACAUACAUCCCAACCAUACAAUUGGACAACAUUCUAUCUGCACUCACCCAUGCGUGAUAUUUGUUGAACAAUUGUGUGCCAUCUCGUCCAGCACAUUUCAUAAUUUGUUUAACACCCCCAGGGUGGAAAUCAAUAUAUGAGGUAAUGUUGAAGACUUUUCCAUUUAUAGACGUCCAUGCAUCGUCUUUUCUAUUAUGUAGCUUCAAUUCAUCCUUUGUGACCGUCACAUACUGCGGAGGAGGAGUAUUUGGAGGUACACCACGUAGUUUAUAUCUCUGAGAAGAAUUACUAUUUAGAUUGGCCCAGUCCAAGGGGGAAUGACCGGGUUCUAGAACAACUUUCUGCCUUUGUCUUGCAUUAAUAGCAGUGGAAUUUGGGGCUAACGAAUCUGAUCGAUCCACCCUUUGAAAUGAAUUUGGUCCAGGAAAUAAGGUGUUAGAGCCCAUCUGAUAUACAAGGAAAUUU